AUGUCAGAAAAAUAUGGCAUGGAAAAGACCAACGGUCAGUUGAGUGAGAAGGAUUCAAAGACCUACGGGUUGCGUGAUGAGGUGGUGGAGGCGGAGUCCUUCGAGGCUUUGGCUUCAGGUGAGUUGCUCUAUUUUGUUAUGCGGAAAAUGGGUUACCAGAAUAUGGAACACGAGGAAAUUCCCUCAUCGGUGUCAUUUAUUGCGUCGAAGGUUACCAACCUAUCUGUAGAUGAUGCGGUAAACAUACUCAGAAAGGCUGUUCUUGAGUAUCGUGACGAUCCCAAUAUUCCAGCUGAUGAAUACGAGAUUAUAAUGCGUUUCGAGGAUUCUAGUUAUUACCCUUCAGGCGAGGUAGACCAGUUAGAGGUGCGUAUGAUUGCCGCCUUGAUUAGGUACCAUUCUCCCUAUACAGAGGUGCGUUCCAUGGUAAGUCCUACCGAUGAUCCAAGUAUCCCAAUUGAGACUUUCCGUGCAUAUUUUAUUGCGACUUUUUGGUCGGUUGUUGGAUCUGGGUUUAACGAGUUUUUCCGUCAUAGACAGGUGCCAAUUAGUAUCGAGACUGCUGCAGUGCAGUUGUUGAUAUGUCCUAUCGGGAAGCUGUGGGCUAAUAAGGUCCCUUUGUGGGGAUUCACGGUUAGGGGACGUAGGUUUGCUAUAAACGUGCCUGAACCUUGGUCUGAGAAAGAACAGAUGUUCGCUACUUUGUUAUACUCUAUCACUCUUGGAAGUUUCUAUUCGAGUUUUAACAUUCUGACAAUGAAAAAGUAUUACAAUGACGACGUGUCAUAUCUUUUCCAGCUUUUAUUGUCAAUAUCAUUGCAGUUUAUGGGGUUCGGUUUUGCUGGUGUGUUGCGGAGAUUUGUAGUUUACCCUGCAAAAGCUGUCUGGCCGUCUUGUCUUCCUUCAAUUGCGGUUAACAAAGCAUUGCUUAGCCGCAAAGAUAAGAGCGGCGGUCUCUCUAUACAGAAUUUCUUUUACAUUAGUCUUGGUGUUCUGUUUGCUUAUAACUGGAUCCCUACGGUACUUGCUGGAUUUCUGGCAAAUUUUAAUUGGAUGACCUGGCUUGCUCCUAAUAACUUUAACUUGGCUGCUAUAACUGGUGGUUCUACUGGUCUAGCCUACAACCCAUUACCAUCUUUCGAUCUUAAUGCAAUCGCAUAUUUCACCCCGUUGGUUACACCUUUCUUCGCAUAUUCCCAUAUAUAUAUUGGUGCAGUCAUCGCGUCUCUGGUGGUUAUAGCUCUGUACUAUUCCAAUUACAUGGAGUCCCAAUACUUACCUGUCUUCUCACAAAGUCUCUACACAAACAAGGCCACGAAAUAUAAUAUUAGUGAGAUUCUGGUGGACUACAAGGUCGACGAGGCAAAGUACCAGACAUACUCUCCACCUUACUAUAGUGCAGGAGUAUUGGUCUCCUAUGGAUCUUUCUUGUGUUUCUAUACAAUGGUAUUUGGCUUCGCCAUUAUUGAUGAGUUCCGUGUAUUAUAUGAAGCCUUCAGGGAUUGGUUCUUUGCUUUGCUGUCUCUGCGGCAUAAGAAAUCUUGGAUAGAUAUGUGGGCAUCUGACUAUCAUGUAUUGAGUGAGUUUGACGAUGCACACUCUAGGUUAAUGAGAAAUUACAAGGAAGUUCCAGAUUGGUGGUUCUUUGUCGUCCUAGUCGUGGCAAUAGCUUUCGCCAUUAUAGUCAUAGAAUGUUUCAAUUCACAAACACCGCUGUGGUUGCUAUUUCUGUCGAUAGGUCUGAACUUUAUCUUCCUUAUUCCAUUAACUACCUUGCAUGCUAGAACAACCUUCACUGCGGGCCUGAAUUUAUUGGUUGAAAUGAUUGUGGGAUAUAUUCUACCGGGAAACCCAUAUGCCUUAAUGCUUAUUAAGGCUUUUGGUUAUAACAUCGAUGGACAGGCUGAUAACUAUAUCUCUAACAUGAAGGUGGCUCACUACUGUAAAAUUUCUCCUGUAGCUUUAUUUCGUGGCCAGUUGGUGAUGGUUUUUAUUCAGAUAUUUGUUAACCUUUUCGUGGUAAACUGGCAAUUCAGUAAUAUAUCGGGCUUUUGCGAUGAGCACCAACCAGCCAAAUUCAGUUGUCCUGAUAUACGUACAUACUACAAUGCUUCUGUUAUGUGGGGUGCGAUGGGGCCCCAGAAGAUCUUCACCAAAGUAUACCCUCAAUUAAAGUGGUGCUGGGCUAUUGGUGCUGUGAUUGGUGUAGGUUGUGCUCUGUGGAAGAAGUAUGGUAAGUUUUACCCACGGAGUUUUAACCCUAUUCUGAUCAUUAUUGGCAUGUUAUCGUUUUCUCCACCGUAUAAUAUGGUGUACUUUACUCCAGGCUUCAUUGUUAAUUUUAUAUCCCAAUUUUACAUGAAGCGCUACCGUUUGCGUAUCUGGGAGAAGUACAAUUACGUUCUGGAAGGUGCUUUAAAAUGCGGCCUGGUAUUCUCUUCUUUGGUUAUUUUUGCUGCGAUACAAUAUAAUGAUUAUCAAUUGAAUUGGUGGGGUAACAGUGUUCCUGAGACGUCGGUCUAUGAGCGUACCUAUAUUUCCAAGUUGAAUGUCUCUUUAACCGAAAAGGGCUAUUUUGGACCGGACCCCGGCAACUUCCCUUAG